GAUUGAUCAUCGAGGUCUAUUGGUCGUGGCUAUAUUCAUCCUUGUAUCAUCAUUUGGAACCACUUGGGGCACGAAGUUCGCGCACGAUACAUGUGUCAAUCCCUGUCGGAAUAUACAAUCACCUAUAUCUAGACACAUCUCAGAAGCAUUCAUAAUAAUAUGGCCCCAAAUCGCCGCAUCGAGGACUCAUCGGCCGAGCCAUUUCCAAGUGAUCUCUCAGAGACGGCACCGGUAUAUGGGGAUGAAGAAAAGGGCUUUGGUGAUUCUCGCGAGGGAUCCCGACGAGCUGGCUCAUCCGGAUCAUUGCACAAGGAUGAAUCGAGUCCUGAUGGUAUUUCCGGAAGCAAAGAAGAGAGACGAUCGGGUAGAGGGAAAGAGAGAGCCAAGCAUGGUAAAGGUUUGACAGAGGGAGAUCAAGAUGUGGAGGAUCUACCAGAUAACAAUCUCGUGCUGGUCAUGCCAGCUAUCGGUCUAGUCCUCUUCCUCGCUGCGUUGGAUAUGUCGAUCGUCGCGACGGCCUUGCCCACCAUCGCGGAAGACCUUCACGCCAGUCCAUCAGAGUAUGCCUGGGUCGGAACUUCAUACACACUCGCCAUGACGCUUCAAACACCUAUCAACGGUCGUGUUUCCGACAUCAUAGGUCGUAAGCCUUUGGUCUACGCUGCCAUUGUCAUUUUCUUGGUCUUCUCUGCUUUAUGUGGUGCAGCGAAAAACAUGACCUGGUUAAUCACGGCGAGAGCAUUCCAAGGUCUGGGUGGAGGUUCAAUCAUCAGCAUGAGUAACAUUCUCGUAUCGGAUAUCGUACCUCUACACCAACGGCCUCUGUACCAAGGCUGGCUAGGUGGGACAUGGGGCAUUGCCUCUGUCUUAGGUCCGAUUCUUGGUGGUCUGCUCACGACGAAAGCAUCUUGGAGAUGGACCUUUUACAUCAACUUGCCCACUUGCGGGAUCGCUCUGGUCCUGUUGAUUUUCACGCUCAAAUUGAAUCCAACUAAGAAACUCACAUUUUCUCAACUCAAACAGACUUUUGACUUUCUCGGAUUACUUCUCAUCAUGUCUGGCGGAGCCAUCCUCAUCGUUGGAUUCGCCCAAGCUGCCGACUACGGAUUCGAUCAGCCUUCCUCCUACGCUCUGAUCAUCGUCGGUGUGAUCCUCCUUGCCGGUGCGAUCGUCAACUUUUUGACUACCAAACGGAACGCCAUUAUCCCCGCUAGAAUCUUUAAGAAUCGAACGACAUUUUUCUUCCUCACUGGAUCCAUGUUACAGGCUGUAGCGUUCCUCCCGGCGAAUUAUCUCUUGCCGCAAUUGUUCCAGGGUGUCAGAGGUUCAGACGCUCUUCAAUCAGGCAUUGAGCUCUUACCUUUUGCUUGUACCGUCGCGUGGUCAACGGUCGUUGCUGGCCAGAUCAAUACUCGAUUACGCAUUGUCAGACCUGUCGCUUGGUUCGGGUACGGUCUCGCAGCUAUUGGAUUUGGCAUGUUUUACAGAUUUUAUCGAUACCCGUUCUCAGAGUCCCUUCAGCUUGGUCUAGAGGCCAUCGUUGGGGUUGGAAUCGGCUUAUCUCUCGCUGUACCCAUCAUUAUCCUCCAAGCUGCGAUGCCUCUCAAGGAAAUGGCAGCGGCGACGAGUGCCUGGAGUCUCAGUCGAUCUCUAGGAGGAAGUAUAGGUCUCGCGGUGUUCACCGCUGUACUCAAUAGCGAGCUUCGAAGCCGAUUCGCCAAGAUUCCAGGAUACGGAACAGAAUUUCAAGUCCCAGAAUCUAUAUCGGGCUACAAAGCCUUGCAUGACCUCCCAAAUGGACCGACAAAAGAUGCCGUCCUUGGUGCAUUUGCAGAUUCCCUAGGGACAUGUUGGUUGAUCGAUAUGGGUUUGUUAUUGGCAGCUUUGCUGGUGAGUAUGUGGACAAAACCCCAAACGGCUUCCGUCACUGUCUAGGAUCAUGUUUCUGGACUGACUAGGACAAAUUCUAUUAGAUGACAUUAUGGACUCGCUCGUAUUCUCUCAACAGGGCCCAAGGUCAAAAAGCCCCAGCCAGGACUCCGACCACCGAGGAUCAGGCGGUGGCCAGCGAAGAAGGACAAGAUGCUGAAGACGCUAAUGCUUCAGAAGGCACGCAGAAGGAUCAGGAAAAAGUCCAGAGUGCUCCUGCUUCCGCCACUCUUGAGCCGACGAAGAGAGAUCGCAAGACCUCCUCUGUCUCUGAAGCGAGAGGAGGUAUCGGAACGCCUCUAAGCGAGCGAACGGCAGUGGAAUCGACGUGAAAGAAUCUCUCACGUUCUGCUCUUUUCCAUCAACAAAGAUACUUUGGGUCGUUCAUACCGUCCAGUACGAGGCUCUCUCAUAUCUCUCUGCAUGUAUCCAUUAGUGCCACUGCCCGCGAAUGCUCUUCCCAAG